AUGAGUUUUAUCUAUCACCUUGCACCUGCAACAAGAUGGUAUACAUGGUCAGAAGAUAAGCCGUAUUUACCGGCUGAAUACGACAAAGAUGGUUUUAUUCAUUGCACCUCUGGGGAUGAACUUAUGAUUAAGGUAGCUAAUCGAUUCUAUAAAGGUGUUCCUGGCGAUUAUGUUUUACUUGUACUCGACAUAACGAAAUUAAAAGACCCAGCAUCACCCGUUAAAUGGGAAGAAGCAUCAGAAUUCGAUUCACUUUUUCCACAUAUAUAUGGUGCUAUUGAUCGUAAUGCUGUUGUUGAAGUGCGAUCUUUACAACGAACCGAUGAUGGAACAUUUGUUGGAUGGUCAACAUCAACUUAA